AUGGCUUCAGGCUCAAAACCGGCCGAGAACAAGCUGUGGGGAGGUCGCUUUACUGCUUCGUUAUUGCUGUUGCCCCUCCACUGGCUGCGAGCGAGGGCAUUCACACCUCAUCCACUUUCACAGCAGGGGAUCUACGGCAGCAUUGCCUUCGCCCGCGCGAAUUCCAACAAUGGCAUUCUUACUCAACACGAAUUCGAGGAGAACGAGAGGGGCCUGCUGGAAGUUGAGAAGGAAUGGGAGGCUGGCAACUUCAAGAUCGUCCAGGGUGAUGAGGACAUUCACACUGCCAACGAGCGCAGGCUUAGCUCGCACCGGCCGAAGCCGUAA